AAAAUGACUGGGGAUAUCUGACUGACAUCGCUCGCUCUUGUGUCCAUAGACACAGACAGAUGCAAGGUUAUACCCAAGGACAAUAAGGUUAUAUCUGGACGGUCAAUAAUCCACAUAAUAGGAAAAGAACCUAUAACAGCUGGGGAAGAUCUCCACAGACCCGCGCUACAUGUGACUACAAACCAAUAUCAAGAAGAAGACGGGUGUUUUAUAGGGAAGGACAGAAGCUUAUGUAUAAGUGUUAAUAAUCUAACAGAAAACAAAGAACACACAGGAUGCCGAGGUAUAAGUUGAUAUACUUCAACGCUCGGGGGCGAGGGGAAGUAGCCCGGAUGCUGUUUGCCGAGGCGGGAGUGGACUAUGAAGAUGAGAGAAUCGAGCGAUCUGAGUGGCCAGUCUUGAAGUCCAAAAUGCCAUAUGGUCAACUACCGGUGCUAGAAGUGGACGGUGUUCAGAUAGCUCAGAGUACUGCAAUAUUUCGGUAUCUGGCAAGGGAAUUCGGGUAUGCCGGUAAAACAAGUAUAGACCAGGCCCUGGCUGAUAUGUUUGUGUGUUCCUGUGAUGACCUGGUUAAACCCUUGAUUGAUAUAUAUAGAUGUAAAGAUGAAAAGACAAAGGAAGAGAUGAAACAAAACUUCCUCGACGAAACUGCGCCCUUAUACUUGUCAAAGUUUGAAGAAGCUUUGGUUUUAAAUAACGGUUAUUUAGUUGGGGAUAGCCUGACAUGGGCUGACCUUGUUCUAAUCUCCACGAUGCCUUGGGUAGAGAAGAUGGUCCCUCCUGAAACCCUGGCACCAUUCCCCAAGAUCAAGGAUCACAAAGUCCGAAUAGAAAGUCUUCCAAAGAUUGCUUCGUGGAUUGAAAAAAGACCAAAAACAGACAUGUAGCAACUGUAUAUAUAGGGCUGAAAAAUAUUCCACUUUUCUAAACAUAUAAGUGUGACCUCUUUUGUGUUAUUUGUCCUGAAUUAAGAAUAAUUAAAUUUUAGGACAAAUGCAGGGUGAUUCCGCAGAAUUGUGAGAUCGUGUAAGAGAAAUUUUCUUGAGUACGGCGUAAGGCACCAAUCAAAUGAAUAAAUAAAUUUUAAAUAAUUGGGUGUAUCUGUUAUCACAGUAAUAUGCAUUCUUUGUUUUGAAAGUGGAAAUUAUGCACUAUAAUAUUUUAUUACCUUCAUCAAUAUCUGAUAUCCAUGCAUGUUAUCUGUAUGUAUUAUUCAAAUUUUCCCACUGAGCCCACAUGUAUAAAUCUUGAAAGUAUUGCCAACUUUAGUGUGUAAAGAGUGACGAAAUGUUUGUGACAUGUGCAUCGUCAAUUAACAACGGGCAAUUAAACGCUAUUUACUCUGAAAGAGUACAACGAAAACUUCACACUACCGGUAUUAUCACUGUUACAUUUUGGAUAUUUGAUUUUGCACAUUGACGUACAUAAUGAAAAAACUAUUCCGAGUUGUUUUCAGUAUACCGCUAAUAAACAAAUACAAUGCAA